UAUUCGUAAAUAUUAUAUUUGCAAAAUGGCGACCUGUAAUACGGAAGACAGUGUUGAUUUACUUGCUUUUGUUGAGGAUGCUGGUGGUGGAGGGACAUCUCUAUGGGACCCUGGUUUAAGCAGUGAUUGGGAUCAAGAGAAACCAUCAAAUCAGUGUAUCCUCAGAAUUAAACGUGAUAUAAUGACAAUAUAUAAUGAACCACCACCUGGGAUGUGUAUAGUACCUGACAAGGAUGAUCUCACCAAGAUUCAUGCCUUGAUAACUGGACCAUUUGACACACCAUAUGAAGGUGGCUAUUUCUACUUCAUGAUACGUUGUCCACCAGAUUAUCCUAUUAGAGCACCUAGGGUCAAGUUACAGACCACAGGGGAAGGAAAGGUCAGAUUCAAUCCAAACCUUUACAAAAAUGGGAAAGUUUGUCUCAGCAUUAUUGGGACAUGGUCUGGUCCAGCAUGGAGCCCUGCUCAGAGUCUUUCAAGUGUUUUAAUAUCAAUACAAUCAUUACUUAACGAAAAACCAUACCACAAUGAACCAGGAUUUCAAACUGAAAGAAAUGCAGGGGACGCAAAACGUUACAAUGACAUAAUACGACAUGAAACGUUACGUGUAGCUGUCUGUGAUAUGCUCGAGGGGAGAUGUAUGUGUCCUGAUGCUCUCAGAGAGGUGAUGGAGAAAUCUUUCCCAGAUUACUAUGAUUAUUAUGAGAGUAUAUGUAAAAGUAACCUUCAUCAACAAGGUGAAACUAUGCAGGACCCUUUUGGUGAAAGACGUGGAACUUUUGACUAUGAAUCAAUUCUUAAAAGACUAGAAAAAAUAAAAGCAACGUUAAGUGAGAAACAGACUGUUAGUUCAGAGGAGGAAUCGUCUGAUACUGACAUGGAAUCUCCGUCCACCGAAAGAUGACAACAACCUCCAGUAAUAGGUGUGCUAUGUUAAUGUGAUGUCAAAACCUUUUUAUAGCAAUUUUUGUUGUUUUUAGCUCACCUGUCACAAAGUGACAGGGUGAGCUUUUGUGAUCGCUUUUCGUCCGGGGUCCGUCCGUCCGUAAACUUUUACUUUAAAUGACAUCUCCUCAUAAACCACUUAGCCAAUUUCAUCCAAACUUCACAGGAAUGUUCCUUUGGUGGUCACCUUUAAAAAUUGUUCAAAGAAUUUAAUUCCAUGCAGAACUCUGGUUGCCAUGGCAACCGAAAGAAAAAACUUUAAAUAUCUUCUUUUAAAAAACCCAAAGAGCUAGAGCUUAGAUAUUUGGCAUUAAACAUCUUCUAGUGAGUGUCUACCAAGUUUGUUCAAAUAAAAGCCCUGGGGUCAAAAUUGGCCCCGCCCCAGGGGGUCAUUGAUUUUCCCUAUAUGUAUAUAGUAAAAACUUAAAAAAUCUUCUUUAAAAGAACUCAAAGAGCUAGAGCUAAGAUAUUUAGCAUUAAACAUCUUCUAGUGAGUGUCUACCAAGUUUGUUCAAAUAAAAGCCCUGGGGUCAAAAUUGGCCCCGCCCCAGGGGGUCAUUGAUUUUCCCUAUAUGUAUAUAGUAAAAACUUAAAAAAUCUUCUUUAAAAGAACUCAAAGAGCUAGAGCUAAGAUAUUUAGCAUGAAGCAUGUUCUAUUGGGUGUCUACCAAGUUUGUUCAAAUAAAAGCCCUGGGGUCAAAAUUGGCCCCGCCCCAGGGGGUCAUUGAUUUUCCCUAUAUGUAUAUAGUAAAAACUUAAAAAAUCUUCUUUAAAAGAACUCAAAGAGCUAGAGCUAAGAUAUUUAGCAUGAAACAUGUUCUAUUAGGUGUCUACCAAGUUUGUUCAAAUAAAAGCCCUGGGGUCAAAAUUGGCCCCGCCCCAGGGGGUCAUUGAUUUUCCCUAUAUGCAUAUAAGUAAACUUAAAAAAGUUUCUUUUAAAAAACCCAAAGAGCUAGAGCUAAGAUAUUUAUCAUUAAACAUGUUCUAAUGGGUGUCUACCAAGUUUGUUCAAAUUAAAGCCCUAGGGUCAAAAUUGGCCCCGCCCCAGGGGGUCAUUGAUUUUCCCUAUAUGCAUAUAGUAAAAACUUAAAAAUUCUUAUGUUAAAGAAUCCAAAGAGCUAGAGCUAAGAAUUUUAGCAUGAAACAUCUUCUAAUGAGUGUCUUCCAAGUUUGUUCAAAUAAAAGCCCUAGGGUCAAAAUUGGCCCGCCCCAGGGGGUCAUUGAUUUUCACUAUAUGCAUAGAGUAAAAACUUAAAAAAUCUUCUUUUUAAGAACUCAAAGAGCUAAAGCUAAGAUAUUUAGCAUGAAACAUGUUCUAAUGGGUGUCUACCAAGUUUGUUCAAAUAAAAGCCCUAGGUUCAAAAUUGCCCCCGCCCUAGGGGGUCAUUGAUUUUCCUUAUAUGUGUAUAGCAAAAACUUAAAAAUCUUCUUUGAAAAAACCCAAAGAGCUAGAGCUAAGAUAUUUAGCAUGAAACAUGUUCUAAUGGGUGUCUACCAAGUUUGUUCAAAUAAAAGCCCUGGGGUCAAAAUUGGCCCUGCCCCGGGGGUCAUUGAUUUUCCUUAUAUGUAUAUAGCAAAAACUUAAAAAUCUUUCUUGAAAAAACCCAAAUAGCUAGAGUUUAGAUAUUAAGCAUGAAACAUCUUCUAGCAAGUGUCUACAAAGUUUGUUCAAAUUAAAGCCCUGGGGUCAAAACUGGCCCGCCCCUGGGUGUCAUUGUUUUUUAAACUAUAUGUGUAUAGUAAACUUAAAAAAAUCUUCUUUUAAAAAACCCAAUGAGCUAGAGCUUAGAUGUUUAGCAUGAAACAUCUUCUUAUGGGUGUCUACCAAGUUUGUUCAAAUAAAAGCCCUUGGGUUAAAAUUUGCCCUGUUGGGGGGGGGGGGAAUAAUUAUUUUUCAUGUGUGUAGUUAAAAACUUAACAUCAUGAAACAUCUUCUAAUGGGUGUCUUCCAAGUUUGUUAAAAUAAAAGCCCUGGGGUUUAAACUGGCCCCACUCCAGGGGGCCUAUAUACAGGUGAGUGACCUCAGGGCCAUCAUGGCCCUCUUGUUUCUUGUUGUUAUGAUAAAUUAAACAGUUGUUGUUAUUGUAUAAAGAUAGUUACAGGAUUCUUAAUGACAAUAUUGUGCUUUAAAGCCACCUUCAGCUUUUAUUAUUUUUAUUUUUUUUUUUUGGAAAAACAACUCUGUGUUGUUUCAAUUGAAGUAUUUCAGUAAUUUUUUCUUAGAAAAAAAGCAUCAUAUCACUGUCAAGGUCUUUUUCAAAUAAGCGUCCCGAAAGUUUUGUAUAAAGCAUCAGUGACGUUUGUUUUUAAAAACAGAAAUGAGGAAAAUGAAUGUUCCGCUUCACUAAAGUAAAGUGUGGACUGGUGGUUUAGAGGUAUCGGGAGUUUCCUUAUUGUUUAAGAAUUCUAUCAUUGGAAAAUAUCAUUUUGCACCUUAAUUCUUUUGAUUUGACAAUUAUAUGAAAUAAUUUAUCUAAAAAUAAAAAUUAAUCUUUAGAAAAAGAUGAAGGUUGAUUAAAUUAUGAAAUUCCUAGGAGGGUUUUAUAGUAUGCAAGAUGUUUUGAAAAGUGCACAGAAAAAUGUACAAAGACUUGUUGUUUAAAGUUUCUUUUUCUUUUUUAGAAAUAAAAUCAUUACAUACUUCAAAGGGCAGGACAAACUUCCUUGCCUUGUGAAGUUGACAAUAUCCUUACUUUGAUAUAUUAACUACUUUCUGUGAAAGCAGCACACCUCCAGAUUCAUACUAUUGUCAUAAGUUUGACAUAUUGAUCUAGGGGUUGUUGGUUCCAUCCUAGUGCAAGGGGAAAUUUCUCUGUGAUAAUCCUGGACAUUUAGUCUAAAGGUCAUUUGUCUCUCACCGCUAGAAAUUAUUUUGGAUAAGGUGUCAGUCAGCAGACUUCUUAUAUAUAGGAAUAUAAUUUAACUGACCAUAAGAAUGUGAUAAGAUACAAAUAACCUUACAUAAAUUACAUUAAACAUGUCAAACUGUGAAAAAAUAACUGUACAUUGUCAUUGACUGGAUGGAUGUAUGAUGAUAAAAACAGAAUACUCAAGUCAUAUUUAUGCAAAUACAUGUAGUAUAAUAAUGUAUCGAGUUCAUUUUUAGCUCAACUAUUCAAUAAGAAUAAGUAGAGCUAUUGUAGUCACCCGAGCGUCGGCGUCGGCGUAACCACUUAUGUUAAAGUUUUUGUAAAAGUUCAAAUAUUUUCAAAGUCCAUUGACAUAUGGCUUUGAAACUUUGCACACUUGUUCACCAUCAUGACCCCAACCUGUAGACAGGAAGAGGUAACUCUAUCAAGCAUUUUGACAGAAUUAUGCCCCUUUUUCAACUUAGAAUUUACGUUAAAGUUUUUGUAAUACCUUGAAUAUUUUCAAAGUCCAUUGACAUAUGGCUUUGAAACUUUGCACACUUGUUCACCAUCAUGACCCCAACCUGUAAACAGGAGGAGGUAACUGUAUCAAGCAUUUUGACAGAAUUAUGCCCCUUUUUCGACUUAGAAUUUACGUUAAAGUUUUUGUAAUAGUUCAAAUAUUUCCAAAGUCCAUUGACAUAUGGCUUUGAAACUUUGCACACUUAUUCUUCAUCAUGACCCCAACCUGUAGACAGGAGGAGUUGCAUUUUCCUUGUCCGGAGCAUAACUUGAAAACUAAUGGUUGGAAUUCAAUAUAACUACAUACAUUUAUUGUAAUGUAUUUAUUAUAUUUAGUUGUCAUGAAAUUUUAAUGAUUGAAAGGGAUGAGGCCACUAAAUUCAGGUCAGACUCAUCUAUAUAAAUUCCACACUGUAACAUAUAUACUUAGCUGUACCUAAAUUAAAACUUAAAUGAUCACCUGAGGUAUUUCUCCGCCAUUAAAGCUGAGAAGUUGCUCUCUAAUUGUGACAGUGUUGGUGUAAGUUACAAAUAAAAUAAUCUCAAACUACCCCAACUCGGCCACAGUAAAUAAGAUUUGCAAUUGUCAACUAAAAAGAUUUUGUAAGAAGUAAACUUUUCUGUACAAUUUAUGUAUAUACAUGUAUAUUUUUCAAAAAAUGUGUAAAUGUUUGACUUUUGGCUGGACCAUAUUGUCAUUACGACUGAUUUUUACUGAUAUUUUAUUUGAAUUCUUGUUGACUCUUAUAUUUCAAUAAAAAGAGGUUACUUUG